AAACAUCAACAAUAAAACUUCAAUAGUAGCAAUAAAUACAUUUUUUAAAUAGGGACGGACUGGUUGUGUAUGUAGGUAUCGUGUUCAUCUUUUGUCUGCUCAGUGCUUUUGCUUCUUCGUUUAAUCUUUGCUUCUUGCUCGAAUUCUGCAUCUUCCGAUUCUGAAGGGAACAACGGAAAAAUAAGAACACCCUAAAUUUGACCAAAUAUGGACAUGAAGGAACAGAGGAUGGAUUUUAAGUCGAUAAUGAAGGAGGCUGAAUUUCUGGGCUCCGCGCAUAUGACAUGGAAGGAAAAAAAGGAGUUGGAGAACAAGAGAGUAGUUGCGCUUGGUGGGAAGCCUCAGAAGAAACAGAGAUUACCACUUAGUGUAGCACGAGUAAUGAUGAAGAAACAGAAGGAAAGGGAGGAGAAAAUGCAAGAAGAGAAUUUGGUACUUGGACGAUUCGGGGGAGCUAGUAGUUCAAGAAAAGCAGCAGGAAGGCGCAGACCAGAGGAUAGGGUGCUGAAAUCAACUGAAGGUAACUUCAGAAACGGUGUGCUUGAUGUUAAACAGUUACUAAAACCUUCUGCGCCUAAAGCAUCAUUUGAUGAUGGGAAGAAGCCUUUUUCUUCGGGUAAAGGGAAGAAGAAGAAAAAGGGCGGUAAAAAGAACAAGGGUAAGAAGAACAAAGGUGGUGGUCCUGGUAAGAAGCGCCAUUAAACAUGGGCAUAUAUUGAAACGGGUGAUUUGCAAUAGAACUAAUUACUUCAUAAAAAAAGAAACAGUGAUUAGCCCAGCGUGUGGGAUGCCAACUUGCUUUAUAGAACAAGUAGUUCCCUAUUUUGGUGUUGGUAUCUUAAAGAAAAGAAAGAUGAAACGAAGGAGGCCAGCUUUCGUAAAAUUCUAGUGGGUUGUGACGAGUAUAGUUUCUAAUGUUGGAAAGAUGUACUAUUUUUUUUGUUGAGAGAGAAAAUGAAACAGAAUCUGCCAUUGAUUUCAACUUAAAUACUUUAUCUAAAUAUAAUUUUUAAAUUA